AUGACUUUAUCCAAGAUCCAUCAGGACUAUGCUGGAAGUAACUUGGAACCAAAGUAUAGAUUUGAGAGAUGUGAAAAAGUGAAAGGAAUAUGUAAAACAUUUUGUGAUGACGAUGAGUAUGAUUACGGAUACUGCAUUAAAUGGAGAAAUCAGUGCUGCAUAUAAACUCUGGAUACAAGAAGUACUGUUGAGUAGCCCAGUUUGGAGCCGAAAUACAUUUUCUUAACUCAAAAGUA